GCACCGUCCCUUGGUUCCACCCCCUACCCACCUCUGAGCACCGUCCCUUGGUUCCACCCCCUACCCACCUCCAAGCACCGUCCCUUAAUUGCACCCCCUACCCACCUCCGAGCACCGUCCCUUGAUUGCACCCCCUACCCACCUCCGAGCACCAUCCCUUGGUUCCACCCCUACCCACCUCCGAGCACCGUCCCUUGGUUCCACCCCUACCCACCUCCGAGCACCGUCCCUUGAUUGCAUCCCCUGCCCACCUCUGAGCACAAUCCCUUAGUUCCACCUCCUACCCACCUCUGAGCACGAUCCCUUGGUUGCACCCCCUACCCCCUUUGAGCACC